GAAGAAGAAGAGCUUCGACAAGCAGCUUUUGUUGACUCGCAGGUUCUGCAGGUCAGCCUGAGAGUGGAAGCAUGGCAGCGAACAAUUAGACACUUUUUGAGUCGUUCUCCAUUAAACCACAUUCCAGUGUUCCAGGAAGAGCACAGGGAGUAACAGCUCUCUGCUGAGACUUGGUGACGUUUGUCCAGGCAAGUGUGACUCUUCCACCCGCUAGCAUUAGCUUAGCCGUGUUGUGCAAGUGUUAAGUGGCUCAUUGGACAGAUUUGUGCCGUUUUAAUAUUUGUUACGCGAAAAAAAAUCCUUUUACACCACUAGCAUUAGUUUUUCUCUUCAGAAAAGAAACAGUCACUGGAAAUAGUUAAACUUUAUAGUUAAACUUUAGCAUUGUCCCUACUUAUUUCUUAGGUUUAUUGUUUGACGAUAUUAUCUCCACUGUGUGUAGUAACGGUGUGGAGUGCAGCAUGUGUUUUUGUACUUUAAAUACUCAAGUUCCAUGUGAUGAGUUUACGGUCAAGAUGCGGCUAAACUGACAGCUAAUGCUAGGCCAUGUGAGCAGCUUCAUUCGUUAAGUUUUUCUCUCGUUGGUUUCCUCAUAUACUGGUGUUAAAGUUUAUGCACGUUAACGUGUAAUUAAUAGCUGCUUAAAAAUCAACCGAUGUGCAGUAUAUAAAAAUGUUACACAAAGUAUUGCGCUGAUGUUAGCAUUAGCAUUAGUGGCACCGUGACACUGACAGCUCACCUCGACCUUUUAUUGCACUUUAUGUUCUGAUUCUAUGUAAAUGCUAUAUUCAGGAGCCUCUCAUUGUAACACAAUCUAACGAUACGUUUACGGCUACCUGCUGGUUAACAUUGCCUGAGUUUGACUACCUAGUUGGCAGAAGACGAGUGACUUGUUAAAGGGUUAGUUAACAAGUCGUGCUUGCAUUAAAGGUACACUGCUGGUGUAUGUGCUUAAAGGGACUUUUCAAAUGAUGUUAGAUCCCAGUGGGGCACUAUAGUGUUUAUUUUUUUCCCCAAAAAACAAUCUCACAUUGUGUACAGGGUAAAUGUGCAUUCUUCCCCACUUAGCCUAAACCCUCAUACAUGGACUUCCUGAAUUUGUGACGUGAGAGAUUCAAAAGAGCUUGUGGAAAUCGUGUGAAGUUUUUGUACUCCACCAUUCACGAGUUUUAGGAGUGGCAUAAAACCAGAGAUUAAGUUAAAACCACAUCAUAUAUGGCACUUGCAUGUCUGUACGACUCGUGUAGAAGUCUGACAAGUUGCAAAUGUAGCUUAGGGCCCCUUUUAAUGAUUGACAGGAUGUGUUGCAUCAUUGGCAGCAGCACAGAUGAUGAGAGGAUCUCCACUGAUGUCAACACCAAGUCCUUCAGAUACUUUAAUGAUUACAUGAAUGAUUAUGCAGAUGAAAAGUGGACAUGCCUUGAGGAGGCACUUGUAGGAAGUGUUACCUCAGAAAAGGCGUGGCCUAAGUGUCGCUACUAGUUGCAGACGCCUCCUUCUUUGACCUCCUCGUUGUGUUUACUGUUUCAUCUAUUAAUAGCAGCACACCUACAUUCUCGAGAGAAUUAGCAGGGUAUGCUUCCCAGAGGCAAAACAGCAAACAAGUGUUUAGUGCAGACGGCACGCGGGCCACACCGAACCUCAGAGACAAGCUGGACAACUUUCGCAGGUCUGUUAGCAUUUAUGUUGUCUAAUGGGUGUGUGUAUUGUUGUGACAAUUAUGUUAGCAGGCAUGUUCAUGUUAGUAUUGAUUUAUUUUGUUUUUAGAAGGAGAGUGUUAGCAGGUGUGUUGUAGGUAGGAGAAACGUUAGCAAGUGUGUUAGACAUGUUUUGAUAGUGAGUAUGUUAGCCCUAGUGUUGUUUACAUAUGAUGCGUGUUACCUUUUGGUCAUGAUUCAGUGUUUAUUUGUGUCAAAUGAUGCAAUCAUACCUGUGAUGAAAUCCUUCUGGGCGUCAUUGUCAGAACAUUGGCGUUUCGUUGUUGUCACACUUUCAAUUGAGUUCAAGCAGUAAAUGUCAAUCAUUUAUUAGUUUAAUGAGUAAAAGCAGUAAAGAGCUUUCUCAAGUAUUGAAUCGAUAAAAGACGUUUUGCCUCUCUGCUUGGAUGACAGGCGAAAUGUCUUCUAAGACGAGCUGACCAGCCGACUUGCGAUCGAUUCAAUGUCCUUAGAAUACAAUGACGAUAUUCAUACAACAUGGUAAAGAGCUUGUUUUCGCCUCUGCAUGCUAGUCAAGCAGCCUGGCAUGAUCUAUGGUGUGAUGAUUUGCUCAUGCCUCGCAUUGUUUCAUUAGGAAUGAGCCUUUACACACACACACACACACACACAGAGUUUAUUGUGUGGGAGAGAUGUGUUUUAAGCUGUUGUUGAACAGGAAAGUAAGGACAAUAAAUUGUGAAAAUGAAGACUUGCGUGUCCAUUAUGAGCCAUCACUAGGAAGCGUCUCCUUGUCUUUCAGCUCACUGAAUGCCUCGCAACGUCUGCUCCAUGCCCACCCUGUGCGCCCCCAUGGCCGGGAGUUGACCCCGUCCACCAGGAUGACGCUGCGCGAGCAGCUGAGGGAGAAGAUCUCGGCGGCUUUCUACCGCCACGGAUUGUUGUGUGCCACCUACCCAGUGCCCAUCAUCCUCUUCACCUCGGCCAGCAUCCUCACCUGCUGCUAUCCUCUAUUGAGGCUCCCUCUGCCCGGGACGGGUCCUGUGGAGUUUACCACCGGGGUGCGAGACUACAGCGUCCCUUCCCAUGAGCCUGUGGGAGACCUGGCAGAGUGGCCUGACUGGUAUGAAGGACCACCAGUGGCCUACAUCCAGCAAGUGUUGGUCAAGGCAGCCGUGUCUCCGUGGGACAACAGCUUGGUGCCAGUGGACGUCUUUCGCUCGCCGCUGGGCCAAGUCUUCAGCCUGCUGGAUGAGAUCCGCAACCACGUGCACGCCGACGGCUCAGGUCUUCGCAGUCUGGAGUCCCUGUGCCUCCAAGUGACAGACUUGUUGCCUGGGCUACGGCGGAUGCGGUCGGUACUGCCGGAGCACGGCUGCCUGCUCAUCUCUCCCGCCAACUACUGGCAGAACCAACGGGAGCUGUUCGACUCUGACCCCAAUCCCCUCAAGACCAUCCAGAUGCACGAACCCAAAGGGCUGCACACGUCAGCCACGCUGAGAGACCUGCUGUUUGGCGUUCCGGGGAAGCACACAGGCGUGAGUCACUACAACAGGAAGAGGGUGGUGACAUACACCAUCACCAUGGUGCUGUCCAGCUACCAUGCAAGGUUCCUUAGCAGCCUUCGAUCUCGCCUGAAGCAUCUCCACCCGUCCAACUGCAGCCUGAAGGAAGAGCGCAUGGUCCAUGUGCACUUCAAGGAGGAGAUCGGCGUGGCAGAGCUCAUCCCCCUGGUGUCCACAUACAUCAUCCUCUUCGCCUACAUCUACUUCUCCACACGUAAGAUCGACCUGGUGAAGUCCAAGUGGGGUCUGGCUCUGGCUGCUGUGGUCACGGUGCUCAGCUCCCUGCUCAUGUCUGUGGGACUGUGCACACUCUUCGGCCUGACGCCCACGCUCAAUGGAGGGGAGAUCUUCCCAUACCUGGUGGUAGUGAUUGGCCUGGAGAAUGUCUUGGUCCUCACCAAGUCUGUAGUGUCCACGCCAGUUGACCUGGAGGUCAAACUGCGCAUCGCUCAGGGCCUGAGUAACGAGAGCUGGUCCAUCAUGAAGAACAUGGCCACUGAGCUGGGCAUUAUCCUCAUUGGAUACUUUACAUUCGUGCCAGCAAUCCAGGAGUUCUGUUUGUUCGCUGUCGUGGGUCUGGUGUCUGACUUCUUCCUGCAGAUGUUCUUCUUCACCACCGUGCUGUCCAUAGACAUUCGUCGCAUGGAGCUGGUUGACCUGCACAGGCACAUGCCCCCGGUCAAGCCCGGCCCACAGCGAGUGCGCCCUCCCCCACGGCCCUCCCCUCACACCAUCAACCUGCACACCCAUAGGCCUCUGCGCCCACCCAAGCGGCUGCGACUGGCCUACUUCCUGGCUCGCACGCGCCUGGCUCAGCGCAUCAUCAUGGUCAGCACUGUGAUCUGGAUCGGAAUUCUUGUCUAUACCGACCCAGCUGGACUGCGCACCUACCUGGCUGCACAGGUGUCUGAGCAAAGCACUCUGGGAAACCCCGGAGGCGGAGGCCUGAACCCCCACCUGGAGGUGGCCCCCGUCUUUCGUGGAGGAGAUCCGACCAGCACCCUCACUGAGCGUUGGGUGCCGGACCCGACACCGUUACCUGACAGCCAACCACAGGGACACCCUGGCUCCAAGGAAGAGCCCCUCCUGCAGCCUCCACCCGCUGUACCCCAGAUUACAUGGGGGUCUGGAGACGAAGAAGUAUGGAGGAAGUUGUCUUUCAGACACUGGCCUUCACUCUUCAGCUACUACAACAUCACGUUAGCUAAGAGGUACAUCAGCAUCCUGCCCGUCAUCCCUGUCACCCUUCACCUGAGCCCCCAGGAAGCCAUCGAGGCGCGGCACCCUCAGGACACCCAGCACCCUCUGCCACCCAUUCCCAAGGUCACGGAUCUUCAGACGGACCUGACGCUCUACAAGGUGGCGGCUCUGGGCCUGGCGGCCGGCGUCCUGCUGGUCUUGCUGCUCUUCUGCCUCUACCGAGUUCUUUGCCCACGCAACUACGGUCAGAGGGACCGGCGCCGCCGCCGCCGAGGGGAACUGCCCUGUGACGGCUACGGUUAUGGGCCGCCUGUCAGCGAGAUCUCACCGCUACUGCUGAGCGGCCACAUGAUGGACAUCGAGUGUCUGGCCAGUGACGGGAUGUUGCUGGCGAGCUGCUGCCUGGCCGGACAGAUUCGGGUGUGGGACGCUCUGACGGGGGACUGCUUGACUGUCAUCCCCAAACUCGGAAGUGUCUCCUGGGACGCUUCCACUGUGGCGCCCAACUUGGACGAUUCUAGUGCUGAAGGUUGCGAUGUCUCAGAGGAUGAGGGCCACUUGUUAAGGCACCGCUCAUCUCGCUUCGAAGGCCAGCUUGAUAUGACGCCGCUCAUCGACAUCAACUUCUCCCCGCCACCCUGCCCUCACACCUCGCUGCCCAGCAGGGGGGGCUUUGAUUUUGGCAGCCUGGUGGCGACGGUCUAUAGGGAGCACAAGUCGCCAUCACCAUCCGCCUACUUCUGUCCCUCCUCGCCGCCCUUAACCAGGACACUCCACAGUCGGCCUUCCCUGGUGGAGGCCGCUGCUCCUCCCCCCACCCAUGACAUGAGUGUCAUGGAAGGAUCGGUGUGGGCCAUGGAGUUCAGUGGGACUCUAAUCGCUGUGGGGCGGAGCAACGGCGUUCUUGAGCUGUGGGAUGGUGUGGAGGGAUGUUUAUGCUGCAGCAAUGACGGCGGCGCCUCUGGAAUCACAGCUCUCGUCUUCCUGGACAACAGAAUCGUGGCGGCGCGUCUCAAUGGCUCGUUGGAUUUCUUCAGCGUGGACGUUAACAAACCUUUGCUUCAUCUCCGAGGCGCUGCGGGUCGAGGGUCCGAGGACGCCAUCAGCUGCACGCUGACACGCUCGGUGCAGUGUGCUCACCAGAAGCCCAUCACGGUGUUGCGAGCCGCCGCCGGCAGGGUGGUCACCGGCAGCCACGAUCACACCGUCAGGGUUUACCGUCUGGAGGAUUCGUGCUGCCUCUUCACCCUGCAAGGUCAUUCGGGGGGGAUCACCGCCAUUUACAUCGACCAGACCAUGGCUCUGGCGAGCGGCGGCCAGGAUGGGGCCAUCUGCCUGUGGGACGUCCUGAGUGGCAACCGUGUCCACCAUGUUUACGGGCACCGCGGCGAUGUCACCUCGCUGGUGUGCACCACAUUGUGUGUCAUCAGCUCGGGGCUGGAGGACCUCAUCUGUGUUUGGGACCGCAACACGGCAAUCAAACUCUACUCCAUCCAGCAGGAAGCAGGCUGCGGCGCCAGUCUGGGUCUCAUCUCAGAGUCUCUGCUGGUGACAGGUGGCCUGGGCUGCGUCUCCUUUUGGGACUUGAACUACGGCGACCUCAUCCAGACGGUCUACUUGGGUCCGAGCAGCGACGGGCAGGGCGUGCGGCAGCUGCUGGUGCUCGACAACACCGCCAUUGUGUGCGACUUUGGCAGCGAGCUGAGUCUGGUCUAUGUACCCUCGGUCCUGGAAAAACUGGACUGAGGAGGCGGAGUUUCUCCAUCAUGGACCAGGUUUGGUGUGUUUGAUUUAGUGCCCUGUAUGCUGCUGACCCGGGUGGGGCUUCACUCAAGACUCAGCCCUCCUGUCCUCAUUUUUUUUUAAAUUUCCUGCUGCUCCUUCGCUGCACAUGCCAACAUGUGGCCUGCUGCCAUCUGCGACACUUGAUUGCGUGUGCACGUGACAGUUUGAUAUGUAUAGAUGGAUUAUUUAUUAGGUACUUUAGCUCUGAACAAUUAUUUUGGUGGGGGCAGGAAGCUCUUGAACUGGGGAAUGAGACCUUCUCUUUAGCUCUGCCUUCCUGCGAGGUUACUGAUGCUGUUGACAGGACCCACAUGCACGACCUCCAUGUUCCUGUUAUCAUGUUUACAUUGGCCGCUGUGGUCACAUGACUGUUGUGCGUCGUUGCGGACCUGUUAAACGAUGUUUUGGACCAAACAAGCAAAGGUGAAAAUGUGCUUUGUAAAUUCCUCAUUAGGCACUUUUUAUAAACAAGCAAGGUCAGUGACUUUUGGAGAGGAAGCGGCUGCUUUGCAUUUCAACCAGAAACCCCGCACCCCUACUCUUCAUUUGCUGGCUGUGUAGAUUUAACUUAUUGACUUUUGUAACAAAACUUUGUACUGUACUAAUUUUCAAUAAAGAGUCUUUGAUAUGACAUCGUGUAGACUAAC